GUACGUCAUAAAUGUCAAAGUUUGGACGUUUCUGUUUGAUGUUUGUUUACUAUUUGUCUCAGUCGCAAAAAAAUAUAAAAUAUAAACAAAUAAAACCGAUUUAGCUCCUGGGCCCUAUUGGAAUGUGAAAAAAGGAUAUAAACACCACUCCCAAAAUGUAGCAUUUGAGAAUUCAGGAUGAUGGGUCUGGAGAAUCAUCUGUAAUUCCUACAGUGAUGUAAUUUACAGUCCAUUUUACAUAUUUUUAAUAUGUAAUUUAUUCACACAUCGCAGCUAAACAUCUUUAAGCCUCUGGAACAACAUGGGAAAUAGUGAACUCGGUGAUCAAGUUUAUGAGGCAGAAAAAAUCAUUAAAAAAAGGAAGAGCCGAAAGGGUGUCACUGAAUACUAUGUAAAAUGGAAAGGCUGGAGUCAGAAGUACAACACUUGGGAACCAGAAGAGAAUAUACUCGAUGAAAGGCUUAUAGAACUAUUUGAAGAAGGCCAGAAAUAUGAAGGAACUAAAAGAGGCCCCAAAAAAGACAAAAGGGAAAAGAAACAAGUACAAAAAGAAAUAGAUACUGAAGACGAAGGCAAAAGUGAUGAUGACUUUCAAGAUGAACUACCCCUUUAUGAGGCCCUAAAUGUCAAGCCCAAUAAGAAGAAAUAUAAAGAAAAAGAGAGUAACAAAAAAAGUGGGGAAGAUGAAACUAUUAAAGCGGAAGAAGAGAAACAGAGAGAACUUAUAUCAGAACUCACUUCUUUAGCAGCAUCAAUUGCAGCUGACCACGAUAACUCGGACAGCUCCAGUAGUGACGACCAGCGCCCGCUACUGUCCAGAAUCGAAUCCGGCACUAAAAGGAAAGCAGAGGUUUUGUCCACGGAGAGUGGAAAGAUUGGAGUUACUAUUACAACUAGUAGUCCCACUAUUAUUAGUCCUCCGCCUUCGAAGAUCCGACAUGAAGAAAAGGGAGAAUUUUCAGAAAAAAGACAGGCAAUCCUGGAUGCAGCAUUGCCACAUGUCUCCUCUAAAGAAGCAGCUUUACCUUCUGAUACCGAAAAGAGGCCAGAGAAAAUUGAGGUGAAUCAAGAGAAACCCCAACAGGAUAACAAUAAUAAAGAGGAAUACUCCUUAACUAGUCCUGGGUCAGAGUACUGGUUGGCGAGGAACCCGGUGGCCAAUCAGGUGUUUAUUACCGACGUAACGGUCAAUUUGAAAACUGUAACAAUCAGAGAAUGUAAAACGGGAAAUGGGUUUUUUAAGAACAGGGAGAGCGAGAGUGAUAGUCACGAUCAUUCAAGUGAUGUGCUAUAACUUUUUUUGAGCAUUAAAAAUUCCAUUAUACAGACUGUCCGGAAAUAACGUUCGAAUUAUUUAAGGUUCCAUUAUUGAUGAACCCUAUCUACACUAUUUAAACGUUAUUGCUGGACAUCCUAUAUAGUGACAAAAAAUGAAUGUAGUAAGAAACAAUACAUAAAUAUAUUUCAUAGUUAAAAGUUUCAAACUUGAAAGGCUUUAGUUUCAGAGAAUGAGAGGUUUUGUGAGUCCCUUUUAACUGUAUAUUUAAUUUUUUAUAAUGAUUUUUAAUACCAGAUAAGAUUUGUAUUUUGUAACUAUCGCUAUGAUAACUUACUAUACACAAAUUAGUUAAUCACACGUCGACGUAAUAAUUGCAGUUUGAAUUGAGGGGGUCAGAAGCCAAGGGGUCCAAGUACCGAAACGUAAAUAUUGAGAAAUUUAAAUUUUAAAUAUU